AUGCGGCCUCUGAUCCUGCUGUGGGGCUGUCUGGUGCUCCCUGGUUAUGAAGCCCUGGAGGGCCCAAAGGAGAUCAGCGGAUUUGAAGGUGACACUGUGUCCCUGCAGUGCACCUACAGCAAUGAGCUGAGGGAGAACAGGAAAUACUGGCGCAAGGAGGGCUGGCUCCUCUUCUCCCACUGCUCUGGCACUAUCUAUGUGGGAGCAGAUGGCCAGGAGACAACAGAGGGCAGGGUGUCCAUCCGUGACAGCCUCCAAGAGCUCCAGUUCACCGUGACCUUGAGGGACCUCACCCUGCAGGAUGCCGGGGAGUACCGGUGUGGAGUCCAAAGACUGGGCCUCGAUGAGACAUUCCUGGUCUCUCUGCUUGUCUCUCCAGAUGUGCUGGAGGGAGAUUGCCGUGGGUUGGGGACCAGAUGGGAAUCCUGGGGAGUAAAGAAGACCCCCUUCCUGCUGUCAGAGCCGUACCUGAGCCUCCUGCGGCUGGGCUAG